UGAAGUAGUUGGAAGCUGUCCUGAAAUAUCAAGUCUGUGGCUGCCUGGGUGUAAUGGGUAAAGAUGUGAGAUGGGUCAGAGAAUGUCAAUUGUACACAUGGGGGAUGCUGUACAGGCCAGGGUCACACUCUCCUACACACAGCCUUAUUUGUGCAGUAGCUGCACUGACCUGAGCUGGAAGAAGUGCAGAAGCAAAAGCUUUGCCACACGAGGCAGAAGAAAUAGGAACAACAUUGUGCUUGUUUCAGCAUCCGUGAGACAAAACCACUGUGGCAACUUCUCCAAAACUGACAGAGCCCACAGCGAAACAGACAGAGCCCAGCAUGUCUACUGAGGUGAUCCAGUCCAGUGGGAGCAGAAAGCAGCAGAGCUCAGAGUUCCACAUGUCCUCCUCCAGCAGCUCUUAUUCCGUCAGUUCCACAGGUUUACGCAAGGUCACUCACACCUCCAAGGUGCUCGAGGAGCAGUCAGCAGUGCAGCGUAAGACUUCAGCUGUGAUGGAGUCAUUCAGUCAGGUGCAGAAGAGCUCUGAAAUCCCUCCCGGAGAGAGUAUUCCUGAGUUUGAGGAGAGACCUCGCCCUGUUACAGCUCAGGAAGAGGAUAAUGCUGUCUUCAAAGCAAAAGUGUCUGGCAACCCCAUUCCUAAUGUGACCUGGACCAGAGAAAGCGGCAAACAGCUGACGGAGGGCGCCAAGACUUUCUACGAUGACAUCAAUAAGCAGUAUGUGUUAAAGAUUAAAAACCUAACUCUGGAGGAUGCUGAUGUGUACAAGUGCAUCGCAUCUAAUGACCAUGGGGAUGCCAUUUACUCCAUCUCGCUCAUUGUUACUGAAAAUCCUGCACUGGACUUUAAGAAAAAGCUGAAGAAACGGAGUGUAGAGAAGCGAGAGAAGAAGCCUCCAACUGAAGAGGAGAUGCUGAAGAUUCUGGCUGGAGCUGAUAAGAAGGACUACGAGCGCAUCUGCGCUGAAUACGGCUUCACUGACUUCAGAGGCAUCCUCAAAAAACUCAAGGAGAUGAAGAAAAAUGUGGAUGUGGAAAUGGUUAAAGUACUGAAGCCACUGGAGGAUGUAACAGCGAAGAUAGACUCCAAUGUAGUUUUUGACACAAUUUUGGAGUUGAAAGAUCCAAAUACGAAGAUGCUUUGGUUUCAGGGCGACGAGUUGCUGCGAAUCCAGUACUCUCUUGGGAAGUAUGAAGUUAAACAGCUGGGUACUAAACACAUGCUGUGCAUCACCAGUGUGUGUAUGGCCGACUCUGGCACAUACACUCUAAAGGUUGGAGAAAAGAUCCUGUCUGCUAAGCUCACUGUCAUAGAUGAACCACUGAAGUUCCUCACAGAUCUGAAGCCUUUGCGAGUGAUGGAGAGACAGACCGCUGUGCUUGAGUUGCGGCUCUCGAAGAAGACUGACAGCCCUCUGGUAUGGCAGUUUAAAGGGAAGGAGCUAAAGCGAGAUGAGAAGUUUGAUGUGUGUGUGUCUGAUGAUGGCCUCACAUACACUUUAAAGAUCAAGGAUGUGCGUCCCAGUGAUACUGGUGACUAUGCCAUCAGUAUUGGAGAUUUGACCACUACAGCCUCUCUAUUUAUUGAACGAAUCCCCAUCAAGUUUGUGAGCCAUCUAAAGAAUGUACGUGUGAAGGAAAAGGGUAAGGCCAGGUUGGAGGCUGAGAUGAGCUCAAAGGAUGUUCACGUGAGGUGGUUAAAAGAUGGAAAAGACAUCACUAACAACCAACGAUACAUCUUCGUGAGGGAAGGCAAAAGAGCUGAGCUUAUCCUCGAAGACUGCGAGCUGUCAGACAGUGGAGAAUACACCAUAGUGUGCACACAGGAUAAUGACACCCAUGAGUAUGUCAGCUCCUCAAACCUCACAGUGGACGAGAGAUUUGCCACUGUGAAAAGUGGAAUGUCAGAUGUUCAGUGUCCCACGGGCUCAGCUGCAGAACUUUGUGUGGUUUUGGAUGAUGAGAAAGUAGAUGGUGUCUGGCUAAAAGAUGGAAAAGAGGUUACAGAUCUGAAUGGUCUGCAGGUGAUAAAGCAGGGGGCAGUUCACAAGCUGGUGUUCAUUAACGUAAAUGAUAAGCAUGGAGGCAAAUACUCUUUCAGUGCCAAAGGAGCUGAGAGUGAGGCAGUUCUCCGUAUAGCAGAUCCUCCUGUUAUUGAUCCCACAAUGCUGGAAAUGCUAUCCAGCCAGCCGGUGACAGUGAAAGCUGGUGAGGCAGCCACCAUCAGGAUCCCCUUCAAGGGCAAACCUGCCCCAAAGGUGACAUGGUAUAGGGAUGGUUUGGAGCUGGUGGAGGACAGCCGGACGGUCAUCGAACGCAAUGGAGCCUCCAGCACUCUGAUACUCAGUAAAUGUGUUAGAGAAGAUAGUGGCACUGUCACGCUUAAACUUAAAAAUGACUGUGGCUCAGCUACCGCCAGCGUGCAGCUCAGUGUAAUUGACCGUCCUAAACCCCCUCAGGGUAAAGUGGAUUUUACAGAGUGUAGCGGCAAGUGCAUAACCAUGAAGUGGAAAGCACCACGAGAUAAUGGGGGGCAGAAGGUGACCAGCUAUGUUAUAGAGAGGCGCAUAGCUGGAAAAAAGUCCUGGAAUAAGGUUGGGGAGGUGGACGGAGACACCACCAGCUUCUGUAAUGACAAGGUUGAGGAGGGGAAGGCAUAUGAAUACCGCAUCCGAGCACUCAACCCCCAGGGUUUGAGUGAUCCUUUAGAAACUGAGCAGGUCUAUGCUGGAGAGCCUGUUGAGCCUCCUGGUAUGGCUCCUCAACCUCAGAUUGCUGAUGUGACUAAAGAUGAGGUCACAGUGAUGUGGGUUCCUCCAGUGCAAGAUGGUGGCGCUCCUGUUCUGGGAUACAUAUUGGAGAGGAGAAAAAAAGGAAGUAGCAUGUGGGUGUCUGUCUGUAAGGAACUAAUCCAAGACACAAAGUGUGCAGUAGGUGGUCUAGUAGAAGACAUAGAGUAUGAGUUCAGAGUGACUGCUGUUAACAGAGCUGGAGAGGGAAUUCCCAGUGCAGCAUCAAACUCAGUACUGGCCAAAGACCCCACACGUGCCCCUGGCCUUGUUAGAAACCUUCACGUAAUAGACUCCUCCAACACCUCCAUCUCACUGGCUUGGUGUCCCCCCGAGAUGGGAGACGAUCCCUCUGGCUACAUCCUAGAGGUUCGUUCUGAACAUGCAAAGGAAUGGACCAAGUGCAGUAAAAUUCCCAUCACCAGCACCUCAUACACUGUUGGCUGCCUGCAAGAGAAGAUGAAGUACUUUUUCCGUAUCAGAGCUGUUAAUGAGGGUGGCAUUGGAGAACCGAUAGAACUAGAACAAGGAGUUCUGGCUGUGCCACCACCAGAAGUGCCAAAAUUUGAUCUCCAGGCCAAAGUGAAGAAUGAGGUGGUGGUGCGUGCUGGAUGUGCAUUAAGUAUUCCCAUUUCCUUCAGUGGCUCCCCUUCCCCAAAAGUGACCUGGCUUAAAGAUGGCAUUGUGACCAAUGGUCGAGAGGUCAUCACUAAGGGGAAAACCUAUUCGCAGUUUCUGAUCAGCUCUUGCCAGCGUUCCGACUCUGGAACCUACCGCAUCAACCUCCGCAAUGACUGUGGGGAGGUCCACUAUGACAUCACUGUCCAUGUCACUGAUGUCCCUCGUCCUCCUAAGAACCUGCGUCUGGUGGAGGAGGUCCAGGGCACCGUGACGCUGCAGUGGGAUCACACCCCUGACCUGGCUGAUGAUGAACACACCCAUUACAUCAUCCUCAAGAGAGACACCAGCACGCCCACCUGGUUCACAGCUGCCGAGCGCAUCUUCAGCAGCAAAUACACAGUCACUGGUCUCUUUCCAGGACGCAAGUACUACUUCCGGGUCAUCGCUCGCAAUCACAUUGGAGAAAGUGACCCUCUGGACACAAAGGAGCCUUUUACAAUUGAGAAGGAGCAUGAAUGCUUCACCUUGUGUAUGAAGCCAUUCCCACGUGCACAGCAUGAGGUCAAGCCUGCCUUCAUUUUGCCCCUAAAGGAUCAUUCUGUGCACCGUGGAAAUGACUGCACCAUGAGCUGUGCCUUCAUUGGCUCGCCCAUGCCACAUGUGUCCUGGUACAAGGGAGACAAGGCUAUCUCAGACAGUCCUCGCUACUGGCAGAGUAGCACUGAUGGGGUCUGCACCCUCACUAUCCCCAUCUGCACAGUUCAAGACAGUGGAGAGUACAUCCUGGUAGUGGAAAAUAAGCUGGGGAAGGCCGAAUGCAAGUGCAGCUUGGUUGUUUUUGAUAAAGAUGAUAAUAGAAUGCUGGAACGCCUGGCUCAGGAUUCUGGAAAAGAAAAACACAUUAGUUAAGCAGGGUACAAAGCCAAUGAACUUAUCUGCAAUUCUCAAAAAGCAUCAUUAAUUAUCACAAGGAGUUUCUUCCAAAAAGAAUCUUAGCUGAAAUUUUAAUUAGCAGACAAAAUUUGUGUAAAAUGCUAUGAAAUUCUAUUAAACAGUUCAUCAGAUCUGAAUAUCUUAUCUAUCAUACUGAGAAUAAAAUACAUCAAACAGACAAGAUACAAGAUACAGUGGCCUUGUAGUUCGAGACAUAAUCAGACAGAAUCAGUUAUCACUAAUUUGCACCACAGAGGUUUUAAAUGUGUGAAACUGUUGUGUUUGGAACGUGGAAAGGCUGUGAGACAGGCUGCAGUUUCAUUUUAAUAGCACGAGCAACCAUGGCUUUGAACAUAAUAAAAUCUCUGACACCAGGACAAAUUAUAGUGCUGAUGUUGAACACAUUCAAACUAAAUUUGUGAUUCUAAGCAAUAUCUUUCUCCCUGAUUAAUCAUCCUUCUAAAUGCAAAAUGGUUUAAGCUGUAUUAUCUUCAGAAUAGGCCCUAUACAGUGUGUAUUCAGAUGUAUGUCUUGUUACUACAGAUAAAUAAAAUCUACAUUAUGUCAGCAAAUGCAGUAUGCAUUUCAUGGUGUUGAUUUUUCCAGAACAAUAGUAACCUGUGUUACAGAUCACUGACUGCAAAAUACUGUUUUGGAAUUGACCUUCCUGCACGCACUGGGCAGGACAGCAUAACCAGUUAAUCAUGUAACAGUUCCAUCAGGAGUGUAAGAGGGAAAACCCACAUGAUCAGCAUUAAUAAACAACUAUCAAGGGUUCAAGAUAUUCAUGUGGAUAGUGGGUGAGCUCACUUUUGAAACCCUGAGGGAAAGUUAGUGAAUAUUCCCUCAGGCCUAACUCACUCCCGCCUCAUUUAGAAAGCUGUGGGCAUGUUUGUACUUGCAUUACAGAAGCUUGAAAAAACAUGUAUUAGGUGUCAACAGGACUAUAUAUAUUUCAGCAAAGAUCAAAUGAUUUGACACAAAUACAGAUUCACAGAUUCUGUAGAGCGAGGAAGCAGUGUUUAUUGUAACCAGAGAUGAGCACAUUUUCAGAUGUGUAUUUAAAACAAUACUAUGUAAUGGUCAUAAGAGGGCAGCACCUUCUGUUUUCAUGAGCAGCAGAGACAGUGUGUUGUGUUGACUGACUCAUUUCCAUCCAGUGUUCCUUAAUGUUCAUAAAUUUAAUAUUAGCAAUAUCCUAAAUCAUCAUACUGUUCACUAGCUAGCCACCUUGGAGACAGGAAAAGUUAUGUCAUUUCUAUCUGAUUACUUUUAUGUUUUCUGUAUAUUAACAGUAUGUAGUAGUUUACCCUAAAAGACAAAUGACUAAAGUCUGAAAACCAUAAACAAUAAAAUUAGAAGAAUUAGGAAAGAAAAACACUCAAUAUCUCAGUAUGCCAGGUUAUAGUCAGGCUGUUUUAACAACUCAAUCAAUCAAAUAUUUCUUCUGAAUGAUGACUUUCAAAGGUCAGUUUCUCAUUGGCUCCACUCUCCUUUGUCAGCAAGUUGCUAACAAACAUAUUCAUUACCCUCCAUACAGUCACUUUAGUGUUACAGUGUGUUACAACCUGGAACUGAAAGGUGGGGGGAAAAAUCAAUACAGUUCUGGUGCAACUAGUUGCCAUCAGAAGUCUGUGUGUCAUGUGAUCUCAAUAUAAAUACACCCGUUCCUGGAAGGCUCCAGAGUUUGUUAGAGAACACACCUAAACUAAAACAGCAUGUGGACCAAGAAGCUAUCAAAACAAGUCCGGGACAGGAAGUUCUGGGAAAGUAUCAAUCAGGGUUGAUACAACCUACAGAGCACCAUUAAAUCUUUUAUUAAAAAUGGAAAGAAUAUGUCACUUUUCCUAGAGGAAGUCGUCCACCAUAAGUUAAUGACUGGGGAAGGGGGCAUUAUUCAGAGAAGCCACCGAAAGUCCAAGGGUGACUCUUAACAUGAUGAAGAAAAGAAAGAUUUGAAAGGAAAUGUUUAUUCUUUCAUGUUGUACUAACCUCCUGAUUUGGAAUCUCACAAAAGUCUAUUUUAACUAUACAAAAUAACUCUACAAAACGUUGAAGGGGGCAAAUACUUAUUCCAGGCACUGUACAUUUAAUGUAUUUUUGCCUAGACCUGAUUGUAAUUCCUUUAUAUGACCACAAGAAGGCUUGUAAGGUAAAUUGUUACAUAUUCGAGCCGUGCAGCUGGCUGUGGCAUCGUGUCAGGCUUUUCUCUCAAAAUUCAGCUCACUAGCAGCCUGACCUGGUGCAGUGUCCCACUCCACAGUGGUUUCUUUUAGAGUCCCGAUUCUACACAGGAAAUCCCACUCUCUUGGCCAGAGACAUAGGCCUAUUUCUCUUUUAUUGACAAAAGAAAACCUCUUGUUUGCUGUGUCCUUUCCUUAUUCUCUCUAAAAGAAUUAGACUAAAACUAAAAAGAAGUGAAAGCAUUAGUAAGCAGAGGAAGUAUCACUAAGUCGUUACAGCCUACACAUAAGUGUAGCCCUUUAGCUGUCCUAGGAACUGAUGUGUUUAAAAUUGGAGAACAAUUUCAGACUUUACAUUAUUCAUUCGGAGCCAUAAAUGGGAUUGUGGAAGUCUUGGUCACAUCUCUGUUGUUCAAGGGCAAACACAGAUACACACACACACAUUUCUGUCAUAUUUUUGUCAGUUUGAGAUAUUUGAUAUUCACCCCAGUGGCCUUUUAUGUGUACAGAUAGGAUGACAUGUUGAUUGAGUGGUGUCAGGCUGUGAAGGUUACUUGGAUAAUAACAUGCUCAACUUUCACUGUGUAAACCAUAGGCUCCAAGUGUUUACCCUUGAGGUCUACCUAACACUGAGUUAUCACUGUGGUUUUUUUUUUAUUUUUAUUUUUUUUUUCUUUGACGAACCUACAAAAAAAGGUAAGAAUGUAAUCAAAUGACACGUACAACAGAUAUGCAUUGCAUUGUAAGUGCAUUUAUUUAUUCUAUAGAUUGAAUCACAUUCAUAGCAAUUUCACUACAGGAAAUGAGCAAUAUGGUCAUUUACUACAGAACAGUAAAUACAAGAAAUAAACAAAA